GGAGCCAACAAGUAAAAAGACCAUCCGGAGGCCAGGCCAGGGCAGGCCAGACAGCAACCACCAGAGGAGAGAAGGGGAAGGGCGGCGAGGGAGGCCUCCGUCUCGUGUCCCUUCCUCCUCCUCCUCUCCUCCUCUCUCUCCGAUUCUCCAUCCAUCCAUUCCCCUCGCGCGGUCGCAUUGUUCUUGAUCCGAUCCGGUUCCGGCCUCGCUGAAGAACAAGGUUGGAGGAAGAGAAAAGGAAAGGAAACCAUGGGAUGCUUUUCAUGCUGCUCCGUGGCGGACGACGAUGUUGGCAGGAGGAAGAAGAAAGACGAUGACUAUGUCCCUCUCCCUGUUCAAGUCAGUAACAACGGACCCAGCCGGGCCCCAGCCGCAACCUAUGUCACCCCCACAGGAAGAGCUCAGCCAAUUGCAGUGCCGGCCAUUCCCCUGGAAGAGAUGAAGGAAAUCACAAAGAACUUCAGCAAUGAUGCUCUUAUUGGAGAGGGCUCGUACGCUAGAGUCUACUUUGGUGUGCUUAAAGACGGCACAAAAUCUGCGGUGAAGAAGCUUGACUCCAGCAAACAGCCUGAUCAAGAAUUCCUUGUGCAGGUUUCAGCCGUCUCCAGACUGAAGCAUGAGAACGUUCUUCAACUUGUUGGAUUCUGCGCUGAAGGAAACAUCCGAGUUCUUGCUUAUGAGUAUGCAACAAGGGGCUCAUUGCAUGAUAUCCUCCAUGGGAAAAAGGGUGUCAAGGGAGCCCAGCCAGGGCCACCCCUGUCAUGGAUGCAACGGGUGAGGAUUGCCGUGAGUGCCGCUCGAGGCCUGGAGUUCCUCCAUGAGAAGGCGGAGCCUCGCGUGGUCCACCGCGACAUCAAGUCCAGCAACAUACUGCUCUUCGACAAUGAUGUCGCCAAGAUCGGAGACUUUGAUGUCUCCAACCAGUCCCCUGACAUGGCCGCGCGCCUUCACUCCACUCGUGUUCUUGGCACCUUUGGUUACCAUGCACCGGAGUACGCCAUGACUGGACAGCUUAGCACGAAGAGCGACGUCUACAGCUUUGGAGUUGUGCUUCUAGAGCUUUUAACCGGUCGCAAGCCAGUUGAUCAUACGCUGCCACGCGGCCAGCAGAGCCUUGUGACAUGGGCUACACCAAGGCUUAGUGAAGAUAAGGUGAAGCAAUGCGUUGAUCCAAGACUUGAUGGAGAAUACCCUCCAAAGGCUGUUGCCAAGAUGGCUGCUGUGGCUGCCCUAUGCGUGCAGUACGAGGGCGACUUCCGCCCCAACAUGAGCAUCGUCGUCAAGGCCCUGAGCCCCUUGCUGCACAGCCGGUCGGGCAACCGCCCCUCCGGCUCCUCGGCCUCCGCCUCCACCGCUGCAGAGCGUUCUGGACUGUGAAUUCGUCGCCGCCAGCGGUCGCCACGGAUACGGAGCUCCGACAUGGGUUCAGGAAGAAGACCAUCUUGUGAAGCGGGGCGCGUUGGCGUUGCUGUGUGUCCGGACUCGAGUCUUGGCGCCGCGAAGAGUCUUUGCGGUUUGUGCCGUGA